AUGAUUCCUCCGAGUCUCUCUCUGGUGUUAAUAUGCGUGUGGGGUAUUUGGACUUCAGGAUUUGCUGCAGACUGUGGUGAGCGACAGCGUGAGUUAGAUGGUCGGUGCUGUGACCUGUGCCCCCCAGGGAAGCAUGUGAAAAACUUCUGCUCAGAGCAUCAGCAGACUGUCUGCACCUCCUGUACUGAGGGGUUCUACUCAGAUCAAUAUCACAUCUUCAACACAUGUGAGGAGUGUCAGUCAUGUCAAGAAUAUGCUGAGAAUUGUACUCAGACCACAAAUGCAAAAUGUUCUUGCCGCCAUGGCUUCCUGUGCUCCAACAGUGUUUGCUCAAAGUGUGAGGAAAACAAAUGUGUCACAGGGGAGGUAGUGAAAAGGACAGACAAAAACACGAGCAAUGGGGUGACAGAGUAUUCAUAUCAGUGUGAGCCAUCGUGCCCUGAUACUGAAUAUUUUGAUGUGAAAGUGAACACCUGCAAGCCACGAUUACGGUGCAGUUUAUUUGGCCUUGCUGAGCGUUUUCCAGGGAACAAAACCCACAACUCAGUCUGUGAAGGAGCUGGUUCACCAGAGAGGCAUGAAUACGGUGGAGACCAUACUUAUAUGAUCCUUAGCAUUUGCUUUAUUCUGCUGUCUCUUACCCUCCUUGUACUUCUGUUUUACGUCUGUAUGAAGAAACUAAGGAAGCACAAACAAAGUGAUAAACCGACUGACUUUGUGACCGUCUCUACAAACAUCAGUGAGUUCCACCUGUCAAAAGAGGAGAGCGGCCUUCAGCUCAUCAUCCAGGAUGGAUCUAAAUGCAGCAACAGUUUUUGUGACUUACAUAUGGAAAAAGUUUGAUUACAAGUCUCAGUUAAGUCUGUUCAACCUCAAUCAAGAUUGAAAAAUAUCAAAGUAUUUCAGCUUCUUGUUCUGUAUAAAACACAGAUUUAAUCACAAAGGAAGCUCUCCAGGUUAGAGACGCUGGAUCGAGGACGUGAGGUUCCUGCUUUCAUUUCCAGCAGGAGAGACCUAUGCAGUCGCCUCCUCCUCAUUACCACCAUAAAAGGGCCUUUGAGCAAGGCAUUUAAUCCCAAUCUGCUCCAGUAAAGCUACUCAAUGGUUGGAGGAUUAGAUGUCCAGGUUAGAAUGUGUGUAACCAUGUGUAUAGACCCUAAUAAUGGUAAAGAGGAGAAACAGUAGAUGAAGUAAACACCUUCAUUACGACCUGUUUUCGUGUCCACUGUGCACUUAAUUGUUUCUUUAAAAUGCUCUAUGGAGUGCUGGGAUAUAACUGUAAGGAUUAUUUUGUACAUAUUUAAAUGUCUCUGUGAAUAAAUGACUUUUUACAAAGAU